UUUACCUAGCAACAUACAGCAGGAUAGCAUAGCAACGGUGUUUGGCAAAUGUCAAUGCUCAACGCAAUAUCUUGCAUGGAAUCAGUUGAGUUUUACGAUGUCUUUCCAGGAGACGCCUGUUCCUUCUGAUGAAGAGGAGGCUUUCUACGUGCAUUGCAGAGCCGCAUAUCUAGCUGUAUUUAGAUCAAGUUUGACAAAUAUCUCUUCAAAACAGCAGUUAUGUCGUGCUCUUCAGCAGGCUGGUAGAAACCCAACACACGCAACUCUCAAUAAAUACUGGACCCCGAGAACCUCCAAACUGAACUUUGAUGAAUUCUUUGAGAUUCUUAAAAGUGAGAAGAAAACUGAAGAAACGGAGCUAAUGAGAGCCUUUAAAAAGAUGGAUGUUAACAGUGAUGGCUACAUCUCACACAGUGAACUGGAGAAAGCCCUUACCACUAGAGGUGAGAAAAUGACCACUGAAGAGGUGAAUGCUAUUUUCUCAAUGGCUGACAUAAACAAAGACGGCAAACUGGACUAUGCAGAAUUCUGCAGAUUGCUUGUGUCUACUGUAGAGCAGUGUCAGAUGGCUGCUUUGGAGAGGCUCGAGGCUAAUGCCAAGCUGAAGAGACAAAACUUUGGCAGUCAGUCAUACAGCCCUCCAAAGAGCUCAGUGUCAUCAGCAGCAGCAACUCUCCCUCAGCCUCCAGAAACACCCCGGGCAGAAUCAGACACCACACUUAAGAAAGACAGCCGAUCAUCCUCCCGUGCUUCUUCCGCUCGCAGCAGACGGUCGUCCUUGUCAAACUCCAUCACUAUGACAUCCAGCACAAAUAAGGCCAGCAAAAUACCAGAGCCUUCAGGCUUACAGGACUGGCAUCACAGUUACAUGAAGGGCUGUUUCUUCCUUGAGGAUGAUGGGAGUAUCAGCUCUCUGCAGUACCAGCUCCACCUUCCCCAGACAACCACCGUCUACCUAACCAUCCAACCACUCAGCCUCAGCCAUGGACUCGACUUGCCUUCUUCAUGGAUGACAGUGGACACAGCUCUUUUCGUCACGUCAGCUGGUGAAACCAAAGAGGACUCAACUUUAGUGUGUUUCACCGAGACGAAAGAGAAAGAGAAGUAUGUUUGGAAAGGAGAAUUGGAUGCUGGGACAUACUACCUGCUUCCCUUCACUAGUGGCUGCAGACUAAAGAAAAGAAGUAAGAAAAGCCUUUCUAUUAAACCUAUAGAGCUCGUCUACAGGACUGACACUGGAGAACUAGACCUCACCAGGGAGCUCAGGGAGGUGCUGUCGGACAUCUUUGAGGUGAUAGACCUGGAUGGAAAUGGUUUGCUUAGUUUGGAGGAGUACAAUUUCUUUGAGUUGAGGACCAGUGGAGAGAAAUGUGACAAGGAUUCCUGGGCUGUCUGUAAAGAGAACUUCGAUAUGAGGAAGAACCAGCUGACACGGCAGGGUUUUAUGGAGCUGAACCUGAUGGAGGCCACAGAGAAAGAUGGAGACCCCGCAGACCUGUGGGUCACUCUGGAGGCCAUGGGCUACAACCGAAUGCUGGAGCUAGUAGAGGCAUGCCCAUUCCAGUUGGAUGUUCACUGUGAAGGCACUCAGCCGGCGAUCCAGCCCCUCAGUUUGGACUCGGGCCCCAAGCUUCUAAUCCAGGCCCUCCAGAAGUCCAUCACAGCAAAAACAGGGGCCAAAGCACUGAGGGGACAAGACAACGUCUUCAUCUACACUUACAGAGGAGAACACAGGAUCUCCUCCCAAAUAGCCAACAAGGCCAACCAAAAAGUGACUGUCCAUGUAAACAAUGAGCAGAGCAGGAACUGCUGCAGCAGCAGAGGCAUGAGUGUGUUUGCUGUCGAGGUGCCAGCCAGGACUAAGCUGGUGUGCCAACAUAUCCUGCCCAUUAAUGAGAGACAGGAAUGGACCUACAACUGUGUAGAGAGCAUGCUCCCCGGCACGUAAAGCUGUAUCAUCAACAAUCAUCUACUCUACUCUAAUAGCUUUGUGUUUUGUAAAGCCUUAAUUGUUAGACACCACAAGCUAAGAACAUCUGGCUUGUGGCAAAAGAGUUGUUUUAGAAGCUCAGUGACUUGAUAAAUUCAUGGUCCUAAUGGCAGCAAGAGGUAGUCUCUGUAUUUCAUAAAGUAUGGUAAGGGUUUUGCAGCUAUUGUUGUGCCUUUGAAUGUGAACAUGUUUCUGUUAAUGAAGAGAGAAAUGUCAUUUACCAUUAUAACACAACUCUUUUAUUCAUAAUGUAUCCUUUAAAUAACGGUGAUUGUCAUAGUGAAUUCAACCACAAUUAAAUUGGAGAUGAUUUUAACAGUUUUUGAAUGUUAAAGUCAUGUAAUCGUAGAGACAAAAACAAACUUUCUACGAUUUUAUUUUCUUGUGUUUUAAAAGAUUGACUUUGUACAUUUAUUAUUUUCCUCAUGUAUAUAUAAUUACUGUCAUUAAAAUAUUCCUAUCAUGGAUUUUCCUUUA